AUGUCCAAUCAUGAUGAUCACUUCUCUCACCUUGGAUCAGCCCUUUCUACUACUGCGGCAGCCAUAUUUGGAGCACAAAACUUGGAAGACACAAUCCUAUCCUAUAGCAGUCCAUAUAAACGGGUUCUUCAUAAGGCCAUGACGAAUCUAGGUAGUGAAGGAGCUGUUGUCAAUUUUAGAGGUCGAAAGGAUAGAGGAACCGGAUCAUUUCAAAGUCUAAGUUCAAACAAUGGCAAAGAAUUCUUUCAGAACAAAUUCGCAGACUCCAAGACAAGUUUUAAAGUUCUAAGUUAUUUGAGUGAUGAUCAACUUAGAGAUAUACCAAGUGAAUUCGAUGGUACAAAUUUAUCACUAUCCAAAAAAUUGUUAACUCAAAAUGGUGAACCAAAUAGUAAGUCUAAUAAGAAAAAAGGACAGAAAACUGAACCUACAUUGUUUCAAGGUUUUGAAGCAUCCUUACCUGUGAUCAACGAAACUUUGCACAGUGAAAAUAAACUUUUGAAAAAUGAUGAGGAUUCCAAAACAAUUGAUCAGCACCCUCAUCGUCAUCAUCACGGUGGUAAACCGGAAAUGGACCAAAACGAAUUUAACGACCAAUUUACACUACCUCAGGGCGUAGAGCCUGAGAGGAUAACCAAUUCAUAUUCAUUAAGUUUUUUGAAGAGUGUUAGCAGUGGUGUGAUAGAUAAUUUAGAUCUGUUGGAAAUUCAAAAAAAAGUAGCCGCUAGUGAAAUACGAGAAUUGGACUACAAAUUGGAAAGGUUAAAAUUUAUGAGAGAACUUGCAUUUAAAAGAAUAGCCAAAAUUGAACAAAAUGAAUUGUUCCUGGAGAAUAAUUUAAACGUUGCCAGAGAUCGUAUAUCUUUCCUACAGGAAUAUGGAUUACAAAAGGAGGAAGAUGAUAUAGAUGAAGAGCGAAAGGAAAAUGAAGAUGAAGAUAUUAUUGAUAAUCCACAACACUCAUUAGAUGAAGACGGAAAUAGACCUCAAGACAUAGCGGAAUCUCCUUUGAACGUACACAAAAGUAAUGAAAAUCAUGGGUUAGAGACAGAGGCGAAUGCUAAUUCGCCCAUGUUGAGCAAAUCAGUUUAUCAAAAGCUUAAAGUUAAAGAUGAAAAGCCAUCAAAGAAACUGCAUGAAUUUUACAACGAUAAGCACAAAAAGCACAGGAAAACAUACCCAACUUUACAACAGUACUAUACAAGGGGUUCACAAAUUAGUUCUUUCCCUAAAUCUCAUGAUGAAAGUAUCAUAUGUCUAGAUUUUGACGUUCCGUUUGGUACUUUAGCCACUGCAGGUCAUUUAGACCAUUCCAUAAAACUUUGGAAUUUAUCGAAGAAGAAUCAAGUGGGUCAAAUGACUGGUCAUCAUGCAAGUAUAAAUUGCAUGCAACUGGAUAAUCAGUAUAACAUGCUGAUUAGUGGUGGUAGAGAUGCAGUCCUUAAGCUUUGGGACUUAAGCCUUGCAUACCAACUGUACCAAGAGGAUACAGAAUUCGCAUCUAACUCUGAAGAAGCAUGUGUCUAUACUUUUGAUUCUCAUCUCGAUGAAAUUACCGCUUUGUCUUUUGAUUCUGGUCAUCUUGUCAGUGGUUCGCAAGAUAGGACUUUACGUCAAUGGGAUUUAAGCACCGGAAAGUGUGUACAAACAAUUGAUAUUAGUUUUGCCUCAAGAGGUCAAUCUACUAGCUCCUUGGCAAGCAGUUCGUUACUAUCACCUGUUGUGGAGGCACCAGUAGUUGGUGCUUUACAAUGUUUUGAUGCUGCAUUAGCAACGGGUACUAAAGAUGGUAUUGUAAGAUUAUGGGAUAUGCGUUCAGGUAAAACUAUUCGUUCACUGGAGGGACAUACGGAUGCCAUUACUACGUUAAAAUUUGAUUCAAGAAAUCUGGUCACAGGUUCCCUUGACAGGAGUAUCAGAAUUUGGGAUUUGAGGACAGGAACAUUAGCAGAUGCAUUUGCCUAUGAGUCUCCUGUAUUAGAACUCGAUUUCGACCUACAAGACAUAGUUGCAGCUGUUGGUGAAAAUGGUGUCAAGGUAUUCGAUAGAGAGAAUGACAAGCACUGGGUCUGUGCUCAAUCAGAAGAGGAAGAUGCUUCAAUUUCACAAUUCGUGAAAUACAAGAACGGAUACUUGAUCGAGGGUCGUAGUAACGGUGAUGUAAACGCCUGGGCAAUUUGA